CAUCCGCUUAUCCCUGCCUCUCGGGUUCGCUAUAGAACAACAACCAUAAUACCCACAUCAAGUCUAUAGCGGAAUAAUACUAAGCAUAUCUUCAGCCGUCCCCCCUCACCACCACCACCACCACCACCACCACCUCCUCCUCCUCUUCCUACCCUCAGAAAAUUGCCUUCACCCCGAUGUCGGAUUACAAGUCAUCCAAGGACUUUUCUGCGGCGUUGCGCCCGACGACGCCCGCCUUCACCGGUCGCUAUGCCAGUCGAAAGCAGAGCGUGCCUAGCAAUAUGGUCAUCAAGCCGGGUCAGUUUGCGUACGGAGGAGAGUCAGAACCCCGAUACCUUCCUUCUGGAUGGUCAUCACAAAUCCAGCCGGAGGGCAAGCGUUACUUUGUCCGCGAGUCCUCCCCACGAAUUGUCACCGAUGCGUACAUCUACUCCACCAUCACUCAGGAGAAGGUGCUGCACUUUGCGGCGGUGGUGGCGAAGAUGGUCGACGCGAAGCAAACCAGCUUGCCUGACUCUGCGGAGGUCUACCUGUCGCCGUCAGAGUCCGGGGAUGAGUGUGGCUACUACGUCGCUGAUCAUGCGACGCACAUACUCUUCUGGUUCGAGGAGGUCGAUUUGGAUCAGCUUUGCAUUUCGGAUGUCGUGUCCGAGGAGCAUCUCCGUUAUACCUUGGGCGACUUGUAUUGGCAACACGUUGAACAAUUUCCCUCACACAGCCCCAAUGGCCUCUCCCUCGCUGUCGACGAUCUCAUUGCCAUCUUCAUCCACGGGCAGGGCGACCAUAUGACGUCCGAGAACUCGACCUUCCCUUACGUGGCGAAGGAGUGCAAGAACUUCAUUCGCAUCCUCGAGGGUGCCAAGCAAAGGCUCAACCAUCCCGGAUCCAUCUGCGUUGUCGCGCGUCUCUGGAGCGUCAUCUCGCGGAGCCGAGCACAGACCCACUACGCGCAAGAGCGUGCACGCCUCGCCUGCGAUCAGCUCAUCCUCGACCUGCCGGAGCCACCUCGAGGCCGGGUCUUCGCCGCCACCUCGCGUCUGCUCUUCGGCAUCCCGCAGGCGUAUGCGGCGAAGCUGGACCGCGUCUUCUCUGACGAGAUCGUCUUUGUGCACCCGUGGCGCGACCUCAUGUCUCAAUGUCGCGCAGAGUGGCAGCAGUGCCUGUCUUGGUCUCUGGGCCUCACGAUUGUCAAUGUCCUGACGCUCGCGCUCUCGCCCUUCCCGGGCCUCAUUGCAGGCGUAUCGCUCAUCUGCUGCGCGGUCGCAUUCAUUGCCGGCCUCUCGCUCCUGCACGUCUACAGUGACUCGCACACGUGGUGUGCGAGCAAAGCGGCCUCGUUCCUAUACGCAGCGAAGGAGGCGUCGCCGGGCUUCCGGCGCACCGGGCUCGAGUUCAGUGCCCCAAGAGCGGCGUUCAUCUGGGCCGCGGUCAUCGCGUCUUUGCAGGCGCUCUUCUGGCUCCAGCACGCGACCAACAUCUUCGUGGUCGCCGGGCUCACCAGCGUCGCGCUCGCUACGCGUCUCCCGUGGACACGCUGGACCAGCAAGGUCUUCUCCAUCCUCCCGCGGUGUCGCCGCGACAGGGAAGAGGGGGGCAUCUUCAAGGUGUGAUGUAUGAAUGGACGCAAAACUACGAGCAGGAUGUCAUGUUCCUGGCAUCGAGCACGACCGGCGCUGUCCGCCACCCCUCCGACGAUGAUGACGAUGACGCCGCGAGCACGGUCAUCACGGAUCUCAGAUGGCAGGAUAGACUGAUACCCCGCCACCAGGCCCGUGUAUUCUAGGUUGGUCUCGCUAGCUGGGCACGGACAGUUGCUGUAGUUUAGCUGAUGGUUCUGUGGUCUUGUAUUAGAGGAGGAUAGAUACCCGUACGACAUUCGAUAUCGGGGAGAGCAUUCGCGCGAUAUCUCUCAUAGGGUGCGAGGACGGUCUACGACAUCGGUGUCACGAAGUUGUCAUCGGCCAUGCGACGCCCCGAAGAUAGAUGCCGAUGCCACACCCAGACAUCUGAACUUCCAGGUAGGGAUAGCAGGUAGGGGCUAGUGCUACAUUCAAUGAGAAGUCGUGAU